CGAGACAGCUUAGCCCGCCUCGACACCAACACCGACUCCAGCUCAAGCGACGACGCCGAAGACCCCCCAGAACACACCCUGCACACGCAUAUAGACCCUGGUCUCCCUCUGCAGGCCCAGGCAGAGGCAGUCAGUGCCCAACUGAGAGUUUGUGGGCAGCAGGGGGUACCGAACUUGUCUGCACUUGAGCGGGGAAUGCGAGCGUUGGAAAAGAACAUGGCGCAGCAGUGGAAGACCCUCUGCGCCACAGUGCUGGGUGACCAAAUCCAUGGCGACACCGAGGCUGAAGUAGAGGCGAACCACCAGGCAGUGCUAAUUGAUCUUUCGAUGAGUUUUGGGCGCCUAUUCGAACGCCUGGGAAGAAGCGAAGGCAAAGUG